CGGGUCCAAGGCUGUUGCUCCAGCGCCGGCCAAGCGAUUAUCGAUAUUUUUUUCCCCGGUUUGUUGAUGCCACCAAUACAGGAGAUGUUGCAAGGGCUGUACAACACCACUCUCGACUUUUUCGACCUCCGGAAUCUUGCCGUUCCAGGAGCUUCGGAUUCUGAAUUAUUUGCAAGACAACAACUAGACACAACGGGUAACGACCGCCGGUUGAGGGCUUCCGACCCGUCGCCUAUGCGGCGCGGACUUGAAACACAACUUGCUCGUUCUCAAGCGGAAGUGGUAAAGCUUCAAGAAAGGUGUGCAGCCCUUGAAAGAGCGUUGAAAGGGACGAGAGAGGUGUUACAGGCAAGAGAAGCCGAGCUUGACCGACUAAGGAAAUUAGAGUGCAGCUCUACUUCAGCUUGGUCCGGGAAUGGGUCUAUUAUGCUUGAAGAGCAGCAGGCGCGGUCUCGGAGUAACGACCUGUUCAUGACACGGACAGAUAACUGGUCGGGGUCAUCCAUCAUUCAAGCUGUCUGCGACAUCAACUCUGAACUCAUUGGGUUCAGCAGCGCAGCCAUUGAGCUUUCCACGUUCGAGUCGCGGACGGAUGCAUCGACACAGGCCAUGCAAGAGACUGACACCCGUUUGGGCCCACAUAUUGUUAAGAUGUUAGAGGCGUGGCCAACUGGGAGUGACCCAACUUUGGUUGGGCUGGUUUUGCAGGCUGGGGUCGCGACAUGUGUUGCCCGUGCUGUGUCGGCUUUCGCCUUGGGGCUACCAGCCAAGGCGGAGACAACUUUAUCCCAAGUUUAUUCGCAUAUCUUCUUUUCAGAGCCUCAACCGACAUCCGCGCGAUGGCGUGCGCUAACCCAUCGACACGUUCACACGCUCUACCCAGGACUAGCGGAGUACGCGUUGGAGGAGCUGAAGGAGACUAUUUACCGUUGGGCAGCGGAUAUUCUGCUGGCUGUCGGUGCUGAAUCCAUGUCGCGACAGUGGAUCCGGGACACAUUUGGCCAACAAAUAACCCGGAUAGCAAAGUCUGUUCUCGCAUUUGCAAAGUUGUGCAAAGAAGGUAUCAUGUCAACGAACUUCGACAUUGUCAUCAUAGAGAGCGGCCAAACUUUCGACGAGCGCGUCAUGGUGGAUUUAUUUGACCCACAGUCGGGGGAGGGAGAUACUAGUCAUCCUCAAGGGGUGGUUUUGGCGACGACCGAGCUUGGUUUGCGGAGAAUGACGCGCAGAACGGUUGGAGACGAGAGUGGCACGGUAGAGCAUCAAGUUCUACUGAGACCGAAGGUAUUACUCGAGUCUGUCCUCAGCACGUCUUUUGUUUCGUAG